AGCUUUCCCUUUCCCCCCAAUUCUUCCCCCCAAUGCCCUAACAUUUUCAAACAGGCUGCUGGGCUGCUCUGUCUCCCUCUCCAAUCCGGCAUCUCCAAUCCGGCAACGCCCAUUGACACAAGCCACGCCCACAGACCAAAAAAGCACCGCCCACCACCAACCACUUCCUCACCGAACGCACCGGCGACGCCCACCCACGGCACCAGCUCGAAAUCCGUCCAUUAAGACGAACGGGCCAACUGACUCUCUACGAUGGACUUUGAGCAAUCAACCUUGAAUUCACAAUGCGAAGAAGAUUGUUCGUUGAUACAUGAACAAUUUCAUGAUGUUGUGCCCAUCCAAAUAGACCUCGAAAACGAUGAAAUAGAAACUGUAGCUGAUGAACAGUUGAAAGAUGGUGCGGACAAUUGCAGUUCCAAACUGAAGCUCAUAGAUGAAGAUGAAGUAGAAACUGUAGCUGAUGAACAAUUGAAAGAUGGUGUGGACAAUUGCAGUUCCAAGCUGAAGCUCAUAUAUGAAGUUAAAAAUGUUGAGGAACCUAAGGAAGGGAUGCUAUUUGGCUCCAUAGAGGAACUUCAUGAGUAUUAUAGGAGUUAUGCAAAGCAAGAGGGUUUUGGUGUGGUACAGAAGAAGAAGAAAAAGAAUAAAGAUGAAAAUGUACAUUACAUCAGUCUAGGAUGUGCUCGUCAAGGCAAAAGACAAUCCAGCUCAAAGCUUCAUGAAUUUACAGUCAAUAUGUUCUGUUGAAAGAGAGGUAGAUGCAAAAGAACAGGAAUAAGAGGAAAAUGUAAAAUUUUAAUUGUAAGUGAUGAGGAAAAGCAUGUUGUCUACUUUAAUGCUUGUUUUUAGUCCGUGCAUCUCUCAGCACUAUCAAGUCCUAGAGACAUACAAUAUGGAGUAUGAGCAGAGUUGCAUUAGUCCCCUUCUUGAUGUGUUACGAAGUCUUAAUGAGGAAAGGGUAACUGAGCACUUGAGAAAGAUCAAGGCAAGAAUAGCACGGGAAGAAUAUGAUCCAGCUUGUGAUAAUGUUGAAGUUGUUAGUGUCAUGUAUGAGGCAUGUACAUUGUUCUUUGUGAUGUUUCUUCAUAUUUACUUGUUUUGUAAUAUAAUCAACAUCAUGUUAGUUGCCAGUGAUGGCUUGAAAAUGGAUAACAAAUAGUGUUUUUGUUUCCUGGGUGAA